AUGGAUGAUCAACUUAGCUCUUUAAUAUUAUGUCAAAAACAUAUAUAGGAAUUAUUCACUUUAAAUUAGAGAUUAGAAAAGAAAUUGGAACUACAGGAUAAUAAAAUAUCAUAAAUUUAAUUGUUGGUUGCUUAAAGAAAUGAGGAUCUGUUGUUGACCAUUGAAAAAUAUACUCCUCUUAAAAUAUUUAGAGAAGAAACAACCUAUUUGAGGAAUUUCUUAGAACAAAAAACUAAAGCCUUUUAAAAUCAAUUUGAUUAAUUACAAUAGUAUUAAAUCUUCUAAAAUAUGAAAGAUAAUAAACAAGACAGAUGCAGAUUUUGAAGGAAGAGAAUCAAUAACAUCAUUAAACUGCAGUAGAGAAAGUCUCAAGAACAACAAAUACAGUUUUGUUCCAGAUGGAAUAAGUUGAAAAGAAAAUUCAUUCAGAAACUGUAGUAAUGGUUGAAGAACUAACAAGAAAAUCAGCUGAAAUGGAGUAAAAUAUAAUGAAGUUGUUCCAAUAAAAAUAGAAAUUAUUAGAAAAAUUAGCAAUUAGUUAAGAAACAUCAAAUGCCAAAAUUAAUGUGUUUGAAAAUACAUUGAAUUAACAACUUUCUACUAUAUCUAAAAUACAAUAAACAGCCUAAAAAUAAACUCCAAAUCACAGUGUUAGAAAGUUAACUUUCGAUAAUGCUGAAGUUCCUAUUGAAUAUUUAAAAAGAUAAGAAGAUGUUCUUAAUUAUAUGACUGCAAGCAUCAAAAAUAUUGAAAAAAAGUUAGCAGAAACUGAAUAGAAACCUAAAUUAAAAAGAGAAUUAAGUUUUGAUUAAUUUUAAGUCCAGUGGUCACAAUAAAAACCUAAUCAUUAACAGCAUUCCUCAUUACCAGCUAGUUCAAUCAAACCUAUCUUAAUCAAAGAGGAAUAAAACAGUGAGUUAGCCUAAAAUAAAUCAUCUAGAAGUGAAUACGAAAAAUCUUCAAGAAGUGAAUUAGCAUAAAAUGUAGCUGAACCAUUGACUUCAGAGUUGAAAUCACCUGCCACUCAAUAAAAUAGAGACAUCUCCAAAAUGCCUCUCUUAAUCAAAACAUCUCCAAAUCCUAUCACUGCAAGUCCAAUACCUAAUUUUUAUGAUGAUGUUAGAAUGAAGUAGGAAUACGAGAAGAAAAUGCAAUAAAUAAAAAGCUAAGAGGAACAACAAAGAUAAUCGCGGAUCAAAUAAUAGCAAGAAUAUGAGAAAUAGCUAUAAAAUUUAAAGAAAUCUUAAUCUUAAUUAUCAGAUAGUUCAAUUAUAAAAAAUGAGAGUUAUUUCCUUAAGCAGGAUCAAUCACUCAAUAGAAACGACAGCCAGGAAAUAAUUAAAGUACAUAACAUCCAUAUUAUAGUCUUAAGGUGGUUUACGAUCGUUGAUGCAAAAAUCAAAAGAAAGAGAUUAACAACUUUAAACUUCUCAAUCAAAAUCAAAUUUAAAUCUUUCGAACUAAUAGAAGAAAUAUUCCUAACAGUAAUCUAAAGAACAAUUAGGCCCACUUAAGAAUUAAAAUGUAGCCACAGGGGGUAGAAAAUCUCGAAGUACAUCAUUUGCAUUUAAAUUUUUUUAGCCAGCCAAAUGAGAAACUUAGCUUAAUAAUAGAGACAUCAUUAGGAUCAAAGUGCUGAAGAAAUUGUUUACUAAUUAGAUGAGGAUGGGUAUCUUAUGGAUGAGAAUGGAAAUUAUUUAUUGGAUGAAAAAGGAAAUUACAUUUAAAUAUCUGACAAAGACUUGGAAGAGCUAAAGAAACAAAACUUAGUUAUUGAGUAGGAAUGAUUCAAUUAUUUAGUUAUUAUAUUAUUUCCAAUUAUAUUAAACUAACAAAUAUAGAGCAUUUCAUUUAAUUAUUGAAGAUAUUAAUAUUAUGAAUAAAUUCCUAAUUACAUUAGCAAGAAUACCAAAAUGUCAACCAAGAUUUGGAUUUGCAGACGUCUUGAAAGACAAGGAUAAAGGAGAUGAAAAAGUAUAUUUCACAAAAGAAGAUUGUAUUUAAUCAACUUAAUUUAUUUUAGAGAAGUUAAUGUAAAAAUUACUCAAGAAAAUGAAAGAAAAUAAUGAAAAGCCAAAAUCAUCAGGAAGUAAUGAUAAAGAAGACAAGGAAGAUUUGCAAGUAUUAGAUAUUAAUUAAUAUAGAAAAUAUUUUCCAGAUAUAAGAUUAAUUACACUGAUGCACUGAUUGAGGAAGUCUUAAAUUGGAAGAGAGGAGAUUGAUAUAUGAUAAAUAUAUAAAACAUAAGAAGAAUC